AGAUUCUGAGAAGACUCACCGCAAGAUGGUUGUAUCAGCAGCCCAGAAGGCUAGAGCAGAAGCAGAGGCUAUGGAGGCAGAAGAUGAAGAUGCCGACUUUUACCAAGAUGUCGAGCAGCUUCAAAAUCAUGGAAUUAAUAUGGCAGACAUCAAAAAACUUCAAUCAGUCGGAAUCUGCACGAUCAAAGGUGUAAUGAUGACAACGAAGAAACGUUUAGCUGAAAUCAAAGGUCUUUCCGAAGCUAAAGUGGACAAAAUCAAAGAAGCUGCUUGUAAAAUAAUGAAAAAUGGUUUUAUGACAGCCCUGGAAGUUUGCGAAAAACGGAAGCAAUGUUUCAAAAUCUCAACCGGAAGUUCAGAGUUUGACAAGCUACUGGGUGGCGGCAUUGAAAGCCAAAGCAUUACCGAAGCAUUUGGAGAAUUUCGUACUGGGAAAACGCAGCUUUCACACACUUUAUGCGCUACCUGUCAAUUACCGAAUGGAAGCUAUCGCGGUGGGAAAGUCAUCUUCAUCGACACUGAGCAUACAUUCCGCCCUGAGCGUUUGCGACCUAUCUGCGAUAGAUUCAACAUCGACCAAGAUGCAAUGCUGGAAAAUGUCCUAUAUGCAAGAGCGUACACUUCUGACCAUCAGAUGGAAUUGUUGGACUAUGUGGCUGCUAAAUUCCAUGAGGAGAUGGGCGUCUUCAAGUUGCUCAUAGUCGACUCUAUCAUGGCUCUCUUCAGAGUUGAUUAUUCUGGUAGAGGUGAACUAGCGGAACGGCAACAGAAAUUAGCACAGAUGAUGAGUAGAUUGCAGAAGAUAGCAGAAGAGUACAAUGUCGCAGUAUUCAUUAGCAACCAGAUGACGGCAGAUCCAGGAGCUGGUAUGACCUUUCAGGUGGAUCCUAAAAAGCCAAUCGGUGGACACAUUCUCGCCCAUGCAUCUACAACGCGUAUCAUGCUAAAGAAAGGCCGCGGCGAGACACGGAUUGCUAAGAUAUAUGAUAGUCCCGAUAUGCCAGAAAAUGAAGCUACGUUUGCCAUAACUAACGGAGGUAUCGUUGACGCGAAAGAAUGAAAAUUUCUUACAAAUGAGAUCUAUUCGCAUGAAGCUGGGUUUCUAGUAAAGGUCGUAAGUAAUUAGUGUAAAAUAGCCUUGUAAAUAAUGUUUGUUUGUGUUUCAAUGUAAGCUUUGUUAGAUUUUCCGAAUUUUUUGUUUUUGAAAGUUCUUUCAAGAAGUCUGGAGAAUAUCGGCAAGAUUGUGCAGGAUCAGUAAUUUGAAGUCCGCUGUUUGCUUGCCUUUUUCACUGUACUCAAUACUUCUUGAGUUUCUGUAUAUUGAUGAGUUCCUGUGUGCAAUAGUUCUGUAUAUUAUCAUGAAUGAUAUGUGAUAGGUAGAGAUGUUACAGCUCAAAUUUCUUUCAUAUCAAUAGAAAUUAUCAAUGUUUCGUUAGGUUUACAAUGCACAUUGAGAAUGUUUCUGCUAGUGUUAAAGGAAGACUAUAGAGAGUUCAGUCAAGUAUCGAGAUCGACAUGGAAGUACGAUGGAAGGCGACGGUACCAGGCAUGCCAAUAAAUUAUCCAGAAUGAAUGUACAAAAAUGCAUAGCAUAGCAUGAUGUAGACCGUAUGGUUCACAAAUUACACGAUAACAC